UGACUUUGAAAGUGCAAAAUGUGAAGAGUACAACAGUUGCAGUGCGAGGGGACCAGCCCUGCUGGGAACAAGACUUCAUGUUUGAGAUCAGUCGGCUGGACCUGGGCCUGAUUGUUGAAGUAUGGAACAAAGGGCUGAUCUGGGACACUAUGGUCGGGACUGUGUGGAUUGCACUUAAGGCCAUCCGGCAGUCUGAUGAGGAAGGACCUGGAGAAUGGUCUACGCUGGAGGCAGAGGUCGUAAUGAAGCAUGAUGAGAUCUGUGGGACCAAAAAGCCAACUCCCCAUAAAAUUUUGCUGGAUACAAGAUUCGAGUUACCUUUUGAUAUCCCUGAGGAGGAAGCCAGAUAUUGGACCAAAAAACUAGAACAGAUAAACUCUUUGGGAGAUCGUGGUGAGUAUUCAUUUUCAGAAGAAGUCCAGAAGAAACCAUUGCCCACUGCUGCCUCCCAGUGUUCCUUGGAAGACCCCGAUAGUGCAGUGGAUGAUAGAGACAGUGACUACCGCAGUGAGACCAGCAACAGCAUUCCUCCUCCUUACCACACCAUCUCCCAGCCCAACGCCUCUGUGCACCAGUUCACUGUGCCCUCUCGCCUGCAGCAGCAGGGUGUGUCUCGGGACUCCUGCAUGGACUCCAUGCAGAGCUAUGAUCUGGAUUACCGGGAACGUAUGGCCAUCAGUCCUGCUGGAAGUAGCAGGUAUGGCUCCUCAUGUAAUGUCAGUCAGGGAAGCUCUCAGUUGAGUGAGCUGGACCAUUACCAUGAAAGCACCCAUGGGUCUGAGCAAGAGGAUGAACACCGGGAAGGGGAAUCCAAUCAUUCCUGUCACAGCUCUGGCAGCUAUCAGAAGGAUGGCCAGGAGUGGCGCAGUGAGCCGGAGGAACACCCUGAGCAUCACAGCGGAACAACAGAGAAGGAAAAGGUCUGUGUGAGAGAGGAGACAGCUCAAGAUCAUUCUGCAUCCAAAUUAACCCCACAACUUGAGAAGCCCAACGAUAUCCCUGCAGGGCGGCCAGAGAGUUACCUUGAUGAAAAUGAACCCCCAGCAUUUUCUCCCGCAAGAGCUCGCUGGCUCCGAGCCAUUAACAAAAUACGACUACGGCUUCAGGAGAUACCAGAUGAUGGAGAUCCAUCAAAACCACCUUGGUUCAAAGAAGGGCCUGCAGGUGGUCUCUAUGGCAUUGACAGCAUGCCUGAUCUACGUAAAAAGAAACCAAUUCCACUGGUCAGUGAUUUGUCACUGGUUCAAUCCAGGAAGGCUGGAAUUACCUCAGCAAUGGCCACUAGAACUUCUCUUAAGGAUGAGGAGCUGAAAUCUCAUGUAUAUAAGAAGACCCUGCAAGCCUUAAUUUACCCUAUCUCCUGCACAACCCCUCACAAUUUUGAAGUGUGGACAGCUACAACCCCUACAUAUUGCUACGAGUGUGAAGGGCUCCUAUGGGGCAUUGCAAGGCAGGGUAUGCGCUGCACUGAAUGUGGGGUCAAAUGUCAUGAGAAGUGCCAAGACCUGCUCAAUGCUGAUUGCUUACAGAGAGCAGCAGAGAAGAGCUCUAAACAUGGAGCAGAGGAUCGGACCCAAAACAUCAUCAUGGCCAUGAAGGAUCGCAUGAAGAUUCGGGAACGGAACAAGCCAGAAAUCUUUGACUUGAUCAGAGAUGUUUUUAGUGAGAGCAAAUUAACGCAUGCUCAGCAAAUGAAGACAGUGAAACAGAGCGUGCUUGAUGGCACCUCCAAAUGGUCAGCUAAAAUCACUAUCACCGUGGUUUGUGCUCAGGGUCUGCAGGCCAAGGACAAAACUGGAUCCAGUGAUCCAUAUGUGACGGUUCAAGUUGGCAAAACAAAGAAGAGAACUAAAACAAUUUUUGGGAAUCUGAACCCUGUUUGGGAGGAGAAAUUCCACUUUGAGUGCCAUAACUCCUCGGAUCGGAUCAAAGUGCGCGUCUGGGAUGAGGAUGAUGACAUUAAGUCUCGUGUCAAGCAGAGGCUGAAACGUGAGUCGGACGAUUUCUUGGGGCAGACCAUCAUCGAAGUCCGCACACUGAGUGGAGAGAUGGAUGUAUGGUACAAUCUUGAGAAAAGAACAGAUAAAUCUGCUGUAUCUGGUGCUAUACGCUUGCAAAUCAAUGUGGAAAUAAAAGGAGAAGAGAAGGUGGCUCCGUAUCAUAUUCAGUACACAUGCCUUCAUGAAAACCUCUUCCACUAUCUCACAGACAUUCAAGGGAGCGGGGUGGUGAAGAUCCCUGAUGCCAAAGGAGAUGAUGCCUGGAAGGUGUAUUUUGAUGAGACAGCCCAAGAGAUAGUGGAUGAAUUUGCAAUGCGUUAUGGUAUAGAAACAAUAUACCAGGCUAUGACGCACUUUGCAUGUCUGUCCUCCAAGUACAUGUGUCCAGGAGUGCCAGCUGUGAUGAGCACCUUACUGGCCAAUAUCAAUGCCUACUACGCGCACACUACUGCAUCCACAAACGUGUCUGCUUCUGACCGCUUUGCAGCCUCAAACUUUGGGAAAGAAAGGUUUGUUAAACUGCUGGACCAGCUGCACAAUUCACUCCGUAUUGACCUCUCUAUGUAUAGGAACAAUUUCCCAGCCAGCAGCCCUGAGCGGUUACAGGACUUGAAAUCCACUGUGGACUUGCUGACCAGCAUCACGUUUUUCAGAAUGAAGGUUCAAGAACUACAGAGCCCACCUCGAGCCAGCCAAGUAGUGAAGGACUGUGUGAAGGCCUGUCUCAACUCAACCUAUGAAUACAUCUUCAACAAUUGCCAUGAACUGUAUAGUCGCGAGUACCAGACAGAUCCCAACAAAAAUCAGGACCUUCCUCCUGAGGAGCAAGGCCCCAGCAUCAGGAACUUGGAUUUCUGGCCUAAACUCAUCACUCUGAUAGUUUCCAUUAUAGAAGAGGAUAAAAAUUCAUAUACCCCUGUCCUGAACCAGUUUCCUCAGGAGCUCACUGUUGGGAAGGUCAGUGCUGAAGUCAUGUGGAACCUUUUUGCCCAGGAUAUGAAAUAUGCCAUGGAAGACCAUGAGAAGCACAGACUAUGUAAAAGUGCAGACUAUAUGAAUUUGCACUUCAAAGUGAAAUGGCUGUACAAUGAGUAUGUUCGCGAUCUGCCUGCCUUCAAGGGGAAAGUUCCCGACUAUCCAGCAUGGUUUGAGCAAUUUGUGAUGCAGUGGCUGGAUGAGAAUGAAGAUGUUUCCCUGGAAUUCCUGCAUGGAGCCCUGGAGAGAGAUAAGAAAGAUGGGUUCCAGCAAACAUCUGAGCAUGCUCUAUUCUCCUGCUCAGUGGUGGAUGUCUUCACACAGCUCAAUCAGAGCUUUGAGAUCAUUAAGAAGCUGGAGUGUCCAGACCCUGAGGUUGUUGCUCACUAUAUGAGGAGGUUUGCUAAGACAAUUGGGAAAGUGCUGAUGCAGUACGCUGACAUUCUCUCCAAGUGUUUCCAGUCCUACUGCUCCAAGGAGAAACUACCCUGCAUCCUGAUGAACAACAUUCAGCAGCUGAGAGUGCAGCUCGAGAAGAUGUUUGAGGCCAUGGGUGCUAAGGAGCUGGACCCAGAAGCAAGUGACAAUCUCAAAGAGCUCCAAGUGAAACUGAACAAUGUUUUGGAUGAGCUCAGUGUUGUGUUUGGUAACAGCUUUCAGAGCCGUAUUGAUGAGUGUGUCAAGCAGAUGUCAGAUAUACUCUGUCAAGUGAAAGGGACAGGAAAUAUCCCUGCAAAUGCCAGGAACACGGUGGCGCAAGAUGCGGACAAUGUCCUGAGGCCAUUAAUGGACUUCCUGGAUGGAAACCUGACUCUCUUUGCCACGGUGUGUGAAAAGACAGUGCUGAAACGGGUGCUGAAGGAGCUCUGGAGGGUGGUGAUGAAUACCAUGGAGAAGCUCAUUGUGCUGCCUCCACUCACAGACCACACGGGUACGCAGUUGAUUUUCAGUGCUGCUAAGGAACUGGGACACUUGUCAAAGUUGAAGGAUCACAUGGUGAAGGAAGAAACUAGAAGUCUCACUCCAAAGCAGUGUGCGGUUCUGGACCUGGCUCUGGAUACUAUCAAACAAUAUUUCCAUGCUGGUGGGAACGGUCUAAAGAAAACCUUCUUGGAGAAGAGCCCAGACCUGCAGUCGCUCCGCUAUGCGCUGUCCCUCUACACUCAGACCACAGACACUCUCAUCAAAACCUUUGUCCAGACACAGACAGCUCAGGGUUCUGGUGUGGAUGAUCCAGUGGGUGACGUGUCCAUACAGAUCGACCUGUAUACACACCCAGGAACUGGUGAACACAAGGUCACAGUGAAAGUUGUGGCAGCCAAUGACCUGAAAUGGCAAACAUCCGGCAUGUUCCGCCCGUUUGUUGAAGUCACUAUGAUUGGACCUCAUCAAAGUGACAAGAAAAGAAAGUUCACAACCAAAUCAAAGAGCAACAACUGGGCACCCAAAUACAACGAAACCUUUCACUUCAUAUUGGGGAAUGAAGACGGCCCAGAUGCCUAUGAGCUCCAAGUCUGUGUGAAGGAUUACUGCUUUGCUCGGGAAGAUCGAGUCCUGGGGAUAGCUGUGAUGCAGCUCAGAGAUAUAGCGGACAAAGGAAGCUGUGCUUGCUGGUGCCCACUAGGGCGUAGGAUUCACAUGGACGAGACGGGGCUCACGGUCCUGAGGAUUCUUUCUCAACGAACCAAUGACGAAGUGGCCAGAGAGUUUGUAAAGUUGAAAUCUGAGUCCCGCUCCACGGAAGAAGGCACCUGA